GCCGCCCAAACUCGAGGCCGCCGCUCGGAUUGCCCCGCGCCUCUGGCCGGCGGGCUGGGGGUGGGGAGGCCGAGGUCCCGGCUCCUCCAGCCCCUUCCGCCGCCCGCCCCCCACCUCCGCUCCGGCUCCCGCUUUCCCUUCCCGGCGGGAAGGCGCCGGGCUUGGCCUCUUUCCCCUCAGUGGCAAAGCCUUGAACCGGCAGCCGAUGCCACUUCCUUCCCCGCCAGCGCCUCCCCCUUGUCCUCCCGCGGGACGGCUGCUCGGCCGGACCCCGCCGGGCCCGGGGCGGCCCGCAGAGCCCGGAGCCCGCCCAGCCUCGGCCCUGCCCGGACCCCGAGGGGCGAGGCCUGCGGGCCGCACUCCCUCCGGCCUGCGGUCGGGGCCGGACACCCCUCCCCGAACCCUGGAGCGGGCCCGGGAGGGACAGAGGGCUAGAGGAGGGCCUCGACUCCCCGAGGGAUGGAGGGGAUGCAGGCGGCGGCGGCCAAACCCGCGGGCGGCGGCCCUCCAGUGCCCAAGACAGGGAGCAGAGCAGCCAGCCCCAUGGAGGUGACCUCUGCUGUGGAGAGAAGUGGUCCUGAGCCACCACCGGAUAAGGGACACUUCCCGCUACCCUGGCCUUGCCCUCGGGGAGACAGACCACCCAGCCUGAUGGCCCCCCGGCCUCCCAGGGCAGGAGGGGCACAGCUCCAAGGCCCCUCGGUGCUGGAGUCCAAGGUGAGGGCUUUGAAGGAGAAGAUGACAGCAGGCAAACAGGGCGCCGGGCCCUGCCCCACUGCCGGUGAACGGUCGUCCCCCAAGAAACCCAAACACGCUCAAGUCAAGGCAGGGGGAGCCGGCACGCCGUCAGAGGGGGCUUUCCUGCCCGACGCUGCGGUGGUCCCUCCUGCUCAGAACCUGACUGACGGGCAGCGGAACAGCAGUGACCAUGAGGAGGAACCCACGAGGAAUGGGGGCCUCAGGCCUCCCAGCCCACCGGCCCCUGGGUGCGAGUGCUGGAACGGGCCUCCAGAAGCAAUGUGGACAAGCCCGGGCCGCGAGAGGGGUCUGCUGUUGGGGCCUGGCUCUCUGCUACAAAGCCCCGUCCACAGAGUUACCCCGGGCCGGCACGGGGGCCCUGGGCCUGGUCACAAAAUCAUCCACGUUCCCAGCCUGAGGAAAGGGAGCUCAUACCUGCUUCGAGAUUGUUCGGCCACAGGGGGAGACCUGGACAGCACAUCCCUGACUUCUGAGGAGGACUUUGGCCCCAGGACGGCCCUGCCGGGGGGUCUCUGGAGAGCUGGAGACCUGGGGGCUGCCGGCAGCGCCCCGUCGCUGUCCGAGCGGGUGGAGAGGAGCCGCCUGCUGCUGCAGGAGAUGCUGAGUGUCUCGAGGCGGAGCCCCUGCAAGGCGGGAGCCCCGGGCUGGACUCCGUCCGGGGGCACAGCUGCAGCAGAGCGACCAGCGGGGGACGUGGACUGGGACGCGGGCAGCUCCCUGCAGGACUCAGAGCGGAACAGGAUCUUUGGUCCGAAGCCGGAGCCCGUGCUGAGCCCCAGGCACGAGGAAGCCCAGCAUCUGCUGCAGCGUGCCCGCAUGAAGGCCAGGACCCGGCCCCUCCGCGCCAGCCACGACAUCGUGCCCACUGCUGCCCCGGGCAGCCGAGACGGCCAGAGGAGCCCGGCCCCGGACCCCGGGGGGCCCCGUGCCUGCAGCGACGGCCUCCGGAACGGGGACGCGAGCGACUGCUGCGGCGGCGAGGCCGACAGCGGGCAGAGGCCCAAGCGAGGCCCGUCGCCGUCGCACGUCCGCUUCGAGGACGAGUCGGCGGGCGAGGCCGAGGUCCGCUACCUGGAGCGGCUGCAGCGGCGCCACCGCCAGGCGCGGCAGGCCGGGGACCAGGGUCCCCUGCGCUCCAAGCCGGACCUCGCCGCCUACAUCAGCGGGGGCCCCCGGCCCCGGGACGCGGGCAAGGCGGCGUUGCUCGGGCUCGUGGGCAGCCUGGACCGCAGGGACAGCGAGAGGACGAGCCGAGCCUGCGGCAGCUGCAGGGACAACCGCCGCCGCGCCCCGGGCCAGGCACCGCCCGACCCCAGGGUGCGGGAGCUCCAGGCUGCCUGCGGGGUGGAGGCGGUGCUGGCGGAGCCGCCAGGCUCCCGUGGCCUGUGCUCCGCUCUCCGGCUCCUCCCCGAGUGGGUCCGGGAAACGCACAUUGGCGAUGCGCUGCGCCCUGAGGGGCUGGACCCCGCCCUGGGCGGCAGCGACACCCCGGACAGCGGCAGGACCUCUCCCGCCAGCCCCGCCUGGGGACAGACCCCGGGCGGCAGCCCUCGGCUGCGGGACUCUGGACCCGGGGGAGGCCACAGGUGGUCCGGGAAGGCCGAAACGGAACCGCCCUGGGGCCUUCGGGCGCAGGGUCACCUGCCCGGGGUUGAUGACCUGGAGGUGGGAGAUGAGGUGAAGGAAAGCGGAGGACACACACCUGAAGGGACUCUGUUUCGGAGAGAAGAUGCUGUCCCUGCGCCUCCUGCCCUGGACUCGAAGCCCGCCUCCCUGGCGUCCCGGUGGCAGCCUGGUCCAGGGCCUGGAAAUCACUGGGAUCACCCUGUGGAGUCCCCGGCUCCGGGCGGGACAGCCUGUGCCAUGACCCCUUCCAUGAAGCUUGGGCCCUUGGGGCCGGGCAGUCAAGCCCAGGUUGUAGAAAGUCAUGAGUCUCUGGAAACUGUCUCCACUUCCUCCCUGCGACAGAGCAAUGCAGAGCCCCCUGCCCCCCACCGCGCCCAGCAGCCCCCAGCUGCCCUCUCCCCGGAAGGCUGGGUGCCCACCCCUCCCCCGCCCAGGAAAGCCACCUCCCCUGGGUCUCACAGGAAGCCAGCCCUGGUUGGCCCCCGCAGGCUGGGUGACCAGGGAGAGCCUGUGGCUCCUUCAAGAAGUGCGGCCCUCAGGACCUGCGAGCGUAGCCCACCACAGACCCAGGCCGGCAGCCCCCACGUCAGGCACCGGCUGCUGGGCCUGUCCACCAACAACUGCAACAACCGCGUGUCCCAGGGGCUGCAGGAGCCCCCCGGCGACGCCGUCCCCAAGGGCAGGGUGGAGACCGGCUGCUGCAGCCAGGAGCCGGAGCCGCCCGCGGAGCACAGCAGAGACGGAGGACUCGAGGGCUUUCCCGGCUCCACAGACGUCACCACUGUCAACGCCACGGGCAUCACCCUCUCGCUGUUCUCAGAGGAGCCAGAGCCCGGCCAGGAACCAGAGGGAGCCCCUCAGAGGACAGAGUCGGGAUCUGGAGGGCACGGGCCAUCCCGGGCACCGCCAGGGGCCAGCGCCGCACCCGGCUCGCCCUCAGCUGCCCCCUCCGACAAGAGCAAGAGGAGGAGCAGCAUCGUCUCCACGCUGGGCCUGAAAAAGUUCUUCUCGGCCCUGGGCCAGAGUCCCCGGCCCAAGCUGGGCAAGUCGCGCAGCUACAGUGUGGAGCCGCUGCACCACGCGGACGCUGGCGCCGCCCCACACGCCAGGGCCCCGUCGUUACAGUCCCUGCACCCGCAGGUGUCGCCCUCUCACCACCGUCGGAAAGCUGCCUCUUUUCAGAACCUCCAUUCCCUGCUGAGCGGCAAAAGGGAUCGGUCCAGCCUCUACCUGGUAGGGGGCCCAGGGGACCACAGUGCGGCCGGCAGGCCAGCCAAGCCUGCGCCCCGGCGUGCCCUGAGCGUGGAGGACGUGGGUGCCCCCAGCCUGGCUCGCACCGUGGGCCGUGUGGCACAAGUCUUCCCGGACGGCACGAGCCAGCUGCAGCUACAGCGCUCCCCGGAGGGCACUUUUGGCUUCUGUGUGGCUUCCGGGAAUGGGCGCCGGGACUCAGGGAUCUACGUGCAGGAGAUGGCCGACUCGGGCACGGCCAAGCUGUACUCGGGGCUGCUGGGGGUGGGCGACGAGAUCCUCGAGGUGAACGGGGCUAAGGUGGCCGGGCUGGGCUUGGCACACAUUACGGAGCUCCUGGCCCACUCGGAGACCUUGUCCAUCCGUGUCCUGAGACAGAGGCCUGCCCCACGGUGACCCAGAAAUGCUGUUGCCCUCGGAAGCCCUGAACCCCCCCGGGGGUUGGCUGGGAAUGUGCUACACAGAGCUGCUUUGUGACGGAACCAUAGAUCAUGGUGGGCUCUGUGCCCUUGGGCUGUGGCAGGGCUUCUGUGAGUGACUUCCCUGGGGAAGCAAGGAGCCUGUUUGUGUAUUUUGUUUAAGGCCACUUAUGCAGACCUGGAGAAAGACAAUAUGGGUCUGUGGUCUCCUUCCACGUGAGGUUGACAUCCACUUGCGCCCGAGAGCGGCCUCACCUCCACGUACCGCCCCCCACAAAAGCUCCCCCACCCCCAGCACUCCGGAGCCAAAGAUCAGGUGCUUGGCCGUGUUGGCUGCGAGCCCUGCGGCUCUCAGCCACGUCCCUCCUCGCUCCCACUGUCCCCUCUGCUCUCCAGGCAGGGGCGGGCAGGUGUCUGGAGGAACAGCCUUACAGCCCCGGACCACGCACACCCCACCCAAACUCGGACCGGGUGGUCUGCCAAGAGCUUUACGUCCCUUCUGGGUGUGAGAAUAUCUGGUAGCCAGAAUCCUAAAUAUUUCUAGGAAAUUUUUAUGACGUGUAAAACUGAAGUAAAGAAAGGAAACCAAGACCAACUUCAGGGAAGUGCAGCUGUGGUGGCCGGGAUCCAGCCCGCCCCGCCCUGCCCCUGCCCGGGCGGAGGCGUCGCUGCGGCCCGGCCUGCGAGGGCCUCUGUCUUAGAGCCGCGUGGACACAGGCCUGUAGCUGUGAGGGGCGGGUGGCAGCAGGGAGAGGAUGGCGUGCGUCAGUCUUAAAUUAUUAAAAAUCCAAGCCGAAGCUUCUUC